AGGUAAAGUAAUGUUCUCACGAGAAGGUUAUUAGCCUUUGCGGUUGCUCCACUUUCAACCCGCUUGCACGAUAGUCAUUCGAAGUACUGGUCCAUGAUGUCGACUCAGGCGUCCAACACGCACGCGCUAUCCUCUGUCACCUUUCACGACGAACACACGCACAAUAAGAUACCUAUUCUCACCAUUCAUCAUGACAAACUAGAACACUCGCAGCUAGGACGCACCGAUACACAGCAUGUUGAGGAUGUAUACGAAACCGAACUUCCAUGGUGGAGAGCAACUAUACGAGCCCGAAUUCUCAGUUCGGUGAAACGAGAAAGUCAAAUAUUGGCCCGGAUGCAGGAAUGCAUACGACACCCGUGGUUGGACUUGUAUUUCCUCUAUAGUUCAACUCUUGGCACCCAUACUUUCUUCAUGAUUGGCCUACCCUUGACAUUUUUCUUUGGCUAUGAGGAGCUCGGACGAGGCCUAGUCAUUGUUUUGGCUUCCGGAGUCUACGUUGCUUCGUUUUUGAAGGACCUUAUUUGUUCACCUCGUCCAUUAGUCCCUCCUGUAACGCGACUGACGAUUGGGACGCACCACCUCGAAUACGGGUUUCCCUCAACGCAUUCUACGAAUAGCGUUUCCAUGGCACUUUUUAUAUUUGGCUAUGUUAGACGCGCCUAUAUUCAAUCAGCCGCAAUCUCAUCAUCGAUCUACUAUACGUCAUGUGUCAUCCUCGUGAUAUAUGCCGUGACCGUAGUCUUCGGCCGUUUAUACACAGGCAUGCAUUCCUUCAUCGACUGUGCGGUUGGUGUCCUUCUUGGAGUGAUAAUCUGGGGGGGCUAUGUGAUUAUGAAAGAGGCGUUUGGGAAUUGGUUGGCAACUGCUCACUGGAUAGUUCCGCUGACGAUGAUUCCCAUCUGUCUACUUCUUGUACAUUAUCACCCACAUCCUGUCGAUGACUGUCCUUGCUUCGAGGAUGCCAUCGCGUUUGUCUCUGUCCUCCUUGGCAUUGCACUAUCCCGGUGGCACAGCGUGUACUCUGGCGUGGACGAGCGCUUCUUGAGUUCCGUGAUGCCCGGACCUCAAGGGGCCGCGUGGACUUUGGAGGAUACAGUUUCGUGGUGGACUCUAGCUUGUGCCAAAGUCACUAUCGGCAUCCUUGUAAUUUUUGUAUGGCGAAUUUUGGCCAAAUCGCUCCUGCACCUUGUUCUUCCUCCUCUUUUCCGCCUUCUUGCAUCCUCCUUCGACCUGCCACACCGACGUUUCUACACCCCUGCGACAGAUUACCAACACAUGCCAGUUGAAAGCAGUUUGCGCCCGAUUCCGAGUUUCAUCGACCUUCCUGGCGUCCUAGAGGUCAGCGCAAUCAGAGAGAGGUCUGCGUUAGGAAGAACAAGUGAGGUCAAGCGAAGAGGUGCAAAGUCGAAUAACGAUUCACCGUCAGCCAAUGGAGAAAAUUACAGCGGAUCCGAGCUCGAGAACAGCAACGGGUCAUAUCAACGCAAGGAAGUCAAGCACUACGAUGCUGACGGUGAGUGUAUCGUCUGUCUCUUUGAUAGAUGUCGAAGUCUGAGACCAAUUCCUAUCCUUCUUCAGUGUUGACCAAGGUAGUGGUCUAUGCUGGAAUGGCAAUCUUGGCUGCUGAAGGUUUGCCCGUCACAUUUGCCCUUUUGGGCUGGGGCGUCAAGCCAUGUUGAUA